UUCCGGGGCGCGCGAGUGAGUCGUUGGGGCGAGCGCGAGUGAGUGCUUGGGGGGCGAGAUGGGGCUCAGCGACGUGUGCGGGUUCUGGAGGCUGGUGUCUGGCCCGGAAGAGCAGCGGCUGCUGGAGCUUCUUUCCUAUGGGCUGGUGGCGCUGGGUGCCGCCUCUGCCCUGCUGCUGUGCUUCAUCCGCAUGCCCUACGGCCGGUACUCCUCGCGGCGCUUCGGCUGGUUGCUGCCCGCUCGCCCCGCAUGGGCACUGCAGGAGCUGCCCUCCCUCCUCGUCCCGCUCGGGCUCGCCGCCUGCGGUGGGGCUGUCGCCGCCGACUGGCCCAACCGCCUUCUACUGGGCUGCUUUGUCGUGCACUACGCACACAGGUGCGGCCCUUCGUUUGGGGCGGGGGGCGCUGGCAGCGGGUACUGGCAGGGCUCCUGCGCUGGAGCGCUUAAGUUGGGGGUCACCCAUCAGUCACUCAUAUAUCCUCUUCUGAUCCGGGAAGGAAAACCAACACCAUUUUUCACUUUUGUGCUAGCACUUCUGUUCUGUGUUUACAAUGGAUACUUGCAAGGCCGAAGCUUAACCAACUAUGCAAAAUACCCUUCAGGCUGGUUAAAAGAUCCAUGUUUUAUUACAGGCUUUAUAGGGUGGCUGUCUGGCAUGGCAAUCAAUAUUCAUUCUGACCAUAUUCUCAGAAAUCUGAGAAAACCAGGGGAAACUGGUUACAAGAUACCAAGAGGAGGAAUGUUUGAGUAUGUCAGUGGAGCCAACUUUUUUGGAGAGAUCCUGGAAUGGUUUGGGUUUGCCCUUGCCUGCCACAGCAUUGAAAGCCUUGCAUUUGCACUGUGUACGCUUUUUAUCUUGGGUUCAAGGGCAAAACAACACCACCAGUGGUACCUUGAGAAAUUUGAAGACUACCCAAAGUCUAGAAAAAUUGUGAUCCCAUUUGUGUACUGAGCUGUGCUUUUAACACUGUAUUUGAAACGGAUGCUUUUUCCAACAGUUGACACUUUGCAGGUUAACAACAUACACUGAUCAUCACUGUGACAAAGUCUCAGCAUCAGUGCUGCUAUUAAUUACUGCUUUUCCUCUUAAUUAAAACCCAGAUAAUGGGUAUGAUGAAUAGGAACAGAAAUGCUUUUCUAACAGUGGAGCACCAUCAUAAAUACAGUAGGCAAUGUGUCUGAAUUCACAUAAUGGAAAGUACUGUACAGGACUUGUGGCAUUUCUUUGUCUGCCUGUGCAGGCUUUUCC